AUGCCUAAUGGUGCUCUGGAGAAAAUAAACCACCGGACGGUGGACUUUGAUCCCUACGCCUCCGAACUACAGUGCGGCUUGGGCUGGGUCCCUCACCCUGUCGGGGCCUCCGUGCCCGGCUUGCGAGCAGGCUGGCGGGCGGUGGGUUUCUUUCAGAUAACAGCACCGCAGCCUGGCUCGCGAAGGCUCAAACUGGGCAGUGCCGGCGAGGCUUGCGGGCGCCACCUUGUGGUCGAAACGAAUACUGCUGACAGCAGCCUUUGGGAGACUAAGCCCCACAACCUCCAGCUGGUCAGCCUCGGGGUCCCAUGGGACCAGAAUUUCCGUUUCCAACUCCACCCUGCGCUGCUCCCCUUGCUCACGGCCACACCGACUUCUCCCUUCUACCAACAGCUGCGCUGCUCCUUCGCCUGUGGCCGGAAUUUCCUGCGGGCGGCUGGGUUCAUAGACGCUGCUUCCUGCUCUCCCCGGCUCAGCCCGCCCCUCCGCACAGACACUUUCCUGAUCACCUCGCGGGAGUCCGGCCCGCUCCAUCUUCCUGGAUUGCAGCCUCCUUUCCGGAUGCCCUGGGUUCCCCCAGUUAUUCUCUUUCAGCACCCCGAAACGUCUCUUCCUGAAGGACAUCGAUGACAGUGAUCCACACACACCCACGUGUGCAGCAGCACAGCUGUAAGAGCUCAGGCUUGGAAAUAGCCCACAUGUCCUUCAGCAGGUGAA